CAUUUUAAUGCUUCCUCUGUGCUGCUGCAGAACCAAUGCAAUGAGGUCAAGCCUGACGCUGCUGUGCUUGUUUUUUUAAGUGCAAUUUGGAGUGGCCUCCUGUCUUUGUCACUGGAGUUCUAGAGGUGUGAAAAGCUAAAACCGUUAUCUUGCCAUUUGUCUGGUAUCCUGCCUUGUGCCGUGGAGUUAGGGAUGGGAGGAGACAUACUGAUCAAUCAGAACUGUCUUUGUCCAAGUGUUUACUCAGAAUGUGAGCAUUAUGGUGAAGAAAAGAUGUUGCCAUCAACAUUAUAACACUGUCAUAGAAUUUCUCUAAAGACUAGGGAAUACUGCUGGUGUCGUGCAUUCUGGAAAUACCUAUUACUACAUAUACCACCAAGGCUUUGCAAACAGGAUGAACAUGCUGCUGUUGACUGCUUACUGACAGUAACUAGCUGGGCACUUCAUUCAUGAUGUUUUCAUUCUCACACUGUCUAACGGGAAUUUGCUUACACUGAUUUUUAAAAAGAGGAAUAAAUCAAAGUGGAGUACCGUAAACUUGACAUGGAAAAUAAAAAGAAGGACAAAGACAAACCAGAUGAAAGAAUGGCACGGCCUAGUGGGAGAUCAGGCCAUAAUUCACGUGGAACUGGUUCUUCAAAUUCUGGAGUGUUAAUGGUUGGCCCUAACUUCAGAGUUGGUAAAAAAAUUGGAUGCGGUAAUUUUGGAGAACUGCGGUUAGGAAAAAAUUUAUACACAAAUGACUAUGUGGCAAUUAAGCUGGAGCCAAUGAAGUCGAGAGCACCACAGCUACAUUUGGAAUACAGAUUCUACAAGCAGCUAGGAUCUGGAGAUGGAAUACCUCAGGUUUAUUAUUUUGGCCCAUGUGGCAAAUAUAAUGCUAUGGUGCUAGAGCUACUUGGACCUAGUCUGGAAGAUUUAUUUGACUUGUGUGGUAGGACAUUUUCUCUUAAAACCGUUCUUAUGAUAGCCAUACAGUUGAUUUCUCGUAUGGAGUAUGUCCAUUCAAAGAACUUGAUAUACAGGGAUGUAAAACCUGAGAACUUCUUAAUAGGACGACCUGGAAACAAAACCCAGCAAGUUAUUCACAUUAUAGACUUUGGUUUGGCGAAGGAGUACGUAGAUCCAGAAACAAAGAAGCACAUACCAUAUCGGGAACACAAGAGCCUUACAGGAACUGCUAGAUACAUGAGUAUAAAUACUCAUUUAGGAAAAGAGCAAAGUAGAAGAGAUGAUUUGGAAGCUUUGGGUCAUAUGUUUAUGUAUUUUCUCAGAGGAAGUCUUCCAUGGCAAGGUUUAAAGGCGGAUACGUUAAAAGAACGUUACCAGAAAAUUGGAGACACUAAACGAGCAACUCCUAUAGAAGUAUUGUGUGAAAACUUCCCAGAGGAAAUGGCUACUUACCUACGUUACGUAAGAAGGUUAGAUUUCUUUGAAAAGCCAGACUAUGACUACUUAAGAAAGCUCUUCACAGACUUACUGGAUCGGAAAGGCUAUACGUUUGAUUAUGAAUACGACUGGAUUGGCAAACAGUUGCCUACUCCAGUGGGUUCAAUACAUUCAGACCCUGCAAUGUCUUCAAACAGAGAAGCAUGUCAGCACAGGGACAGAAUGCAGCAAUCCAAAAAUCAGUCAACAGACCACAGGGCAGCUUGGGACUCACAGCAAACCAAUCCACAUCAUUUGAGGGCUCACCUGGCAUCCGACAGACAUGGUGGCUCUGUACAGGUAGUAAGCUCAACAAAUGGAGAGCUGAACACAGAUGACCCAACUGCAGGCCGUUCAAAUGCACCCAUCACAGCUCCUGCAGAAGUAGAAGUAACAGAUGAAACAAACUGCCAGAAAGUGCUGAACAUGUGGUGCUGCUGCUUAUUCAAGCGGAGGAAAAGGAAAACCAUCCAGCGCAACAAAUGACUAGAACCAAACAGAACAUGGGGAAAUGCUUAUUUUUUCAACUGUUGUCUUGUGAUCUUAAAAAAAACCCAACAACAAAACCCAAAGCAAAAACCUCCAUAAUAAAUACAUUUUCCAUGGACUCCCUGAAAAACAAUAUCAUGCCUCUGUGCUUUGAUUUGGUUCCUCUGCAUCCAUUUUCUGUUUCUUUAAUUCAUCUGUUCUGAAAGCUUUAAGAUAUUGUCACAUAGGAGUGCUUCUUUGACCAUCAACCUAUGGACCAUGAAAUGAUAGCAAAUGAACAGUAUCUUGAGCAAAACUGAACUUGAGGAGUAUUUCUUCUUUUCUAGGAAGUAGCAGUGUCUUGAUGAAGACGGAUGUCAUAAAUCAGUUAUUUGACUUUGUAGCAGUGUAUCUAAAGCAAUUUUCUUCAAAAAUGAAGAACAGGUACACAACCAUACUGCGAAAUAAUAAAAUCUCAAGAUUUAUUUUAUGAUUCUUGCAUUGUUUUUCUUCUUUUGCCCUCAGUAUUACUGGUUAGUCAGAUCGUUGCUCUAGUCAAGUUGUCACUGUCUAGAGAUACUGUGGUUGCAGGUUUAACUGUUGACAAUUGUCAAAAUGCUGGUGCUACUAACAGAAAGUAUUUUUAGUAUCCUCUCAGUUUGAAAACCUGCUUUUAUUUUGCCAACAAUGAAAAUUGCAGUACAGUAGAAAUUAUAAGUGUUUGUACAAAGAAUACAAAUGUUUGUAUAACUUAAGUUGUACAUCUGGUAAUGUUAACAAGACUGAAUUACCUUCAAAAGAGUUCUGCAGAGCAAAUCUGAUACUGAAUCUGGCUACAGCGGAAUAAGCCUUAAAGCCUGUAUGUUCACUAAGGUAGUUGAUGAUUAAUAGCAUCUUUAACUUGAAAAUACGGACGUGCCAUGUAAAGUUAGAGGUGUAUUAUUUUGCUCUUUAAUUUAGAAAACAAAUGCAAUGGAAAUGGGUUAGACUUCUGCCUUCAUUGCAUACUAGCCCAAAGCAUCCCAAAUUUCCUGCCUUUUUUUCCCCUGUAAUUUUCUUGUCUUGCAGUGUAAGCUCACUAGUAUCAUAGGAUGGCAAAGAUGUGUCAGAUGCUUCUCUACAGUCUGAUUAAGUGCUUGCAGUAUGAAGAAACCAAUAGUUCUAUACCCAAGGCCCAUUUUAUAUUUUCUGCUUCAGAAAAUAUAUGCUUCUUUUAAAGCCAUUAUGACAGAGUUGUGGUUUUGUCAUGUUUAAUGCCAGUUAUUGAAAAAGAGCUGUGGAGGAUGGAAACGACUAGACAGAUUUGUUGACCAAAACACAGGUUAUCUGUUUCUUUAGAAUUGUUCUAGAGCUAAGUAGCAUCUUUUUUCUUUCCACAAAUGUCUUUUGGCAUACUUAUUUAUUUUUAAUCUGUUUUGUGGUAACAUUUAAAAUGUAUAUAAAAGCAAAGGUACACCUUUGAAUUAAUCAUUGCAUUUACAAGGGUUUUAAUUUUAUUUUGUAAUUUAUUUUUCAUUAAGAGCCAAAAGUGUAUUUUAUUGUUUGGAUUAUGUGCUCAUAUGUAUACUUCGAUCUUUGUCAUUAUUACUGCUCAUGCUUUUAAGUUUUUGUUUUAGAAAACCUGAACUUGACCUACAAAAACACACUGUUGUAACAGGUCAUAAGUUUCCACUCCACCAGAGUGUGUUACUGAUUAUUUCAGACUCAUGAAGUUACUUCUCUGUUUUUAUUUCAGCUGAGAAGUAGGUCACAUGAUCAUUCUCUUAUGAAAACACAUCGCUCUUUGUAGUACUUGACCAAAUCUAUUGCUUGUACUUGUGGUAUGUGUAUUUCUCACACGCCUGAUGAAUUUUAUUCUUGGAGGUAUUUGAUCUCUACAGUGUUUGUAUGAUCUGUACUCCGUAACAAGACAGUAUGAAUAUUAUGGACAUACGAUGGUUGAAUAUAUAAAAGCUGUUUAUUUGCUGAAAUGACUAGCAAGGCACUUGCUUUUCAGUAAUUUUUUAAAGUUCUUGAUUUUAAUGCAAAAGGUUUUCUUCUAGUAAAGCAGUUGGCACUGAAUGCCAAUAUGACUUGCAUUUAUAUACUUUUUCUUCCCGUCUACAGUAAUGAAGUAAACAAUGGCUGGAU